CAUGCGUUAGUGGGGUAAUUGACACGAGUUGAAAAAAUUAGAGAAAAAUCAUCAUUUUCGCUUCGAGUGCAAUUUUCGUGAUUUUCACAGCAUUUUUCCACAAAAUCCCCUCCCGUACUUACAUCUCAAGUAUCUCCAGGUGCUCAGGGUGAGGUGAAAAGUCCACAAAUUGCUAGAAAUUUUGAAAGAUAAGAAAAAACGCGUGGAAAGAAAAUGUCUUCAGGGUCUUCAGGUGAUGCAAAUAAGGCUGCAGGAGGUGGUACACGUGAGGGCUAUGAAAAUUCCUGCGUGGUGUGCUUCAUUGAGGUGACAAUCUUCUCGGUUGGAAGCUGCGAUCAUGCUGUGUGCUACGUGUGCUCAACACGAAUGAGGGUGCUGUGUGGGCAGAAUGAGUGCCCCAUUUGUCGGCAGGAGCAAUCUCAGGUGAUCUUCUCGCGCGAAAAGCUGCCCUUUCGCCAGCUGGAGGUGACAACGCGCAGUGGGCUGUACGAUAAGAAGUACCGAAUUGUCUUUGGGGAUCAUGACAUUCAGACGGCCUUCUACAAGCUCCUCGAGGAGGCCUGCCCCCGGUGCAAGUGUCGCCCCUUUGACACCUUCGCGGACAUGCAGAAGCACGUGCGGCAGCAACAUGAGCUCUUCUACUGCGACAUUUGCACGGAAAAUCUCAAAAUUUUCACCUUUGAACGACGCUGCUACACCCGGGAGGAGCUUGCAAUGCACCGCCGGAAAGGUGACCCAGAUAAUACGUCCCACCGGGGGCAUCCACUGUGUGAGUACUGUGAGAUUCGCUUCCUGGAUCGUGAUGAGUUGUUCCGGCAUUUGCGCAAGGAGCACUACUUUUGUCACUUUUGCGAUGCCGAUGGGUUCAAUCAGUUCUACGCGGAUCAUGCAUCGCUCCGGGAACACUUCCGGUCGGAGCAUUAUCUCUGUGAGGAGGGCAGCUGUAUCGAGGAGCCCAUGACAGCUGUCUUCCGGACGGACAUUGAUAUGCGUGCCCACAAGACUUCCGUACACGGCAGGACGAUGGGGAAGUUGGCAGCGAAGCAGGCAAGGACGCUGGAGGUGGAGUUCAGCUUAGUGCCACGCUAUCGGCAUGGAGAUGCUCCUCCGGGGCAGGAAACGGAAGGAAGUACACAGUAUAGACCCUUGAUGGGAUCAACGCUCAAUCAGCAACCACGUAAAAUGAUCAAUGCCAAUGAUGAACAGGAAUUCCCAGCUUUGGGAGCUGGUGCCCCUCCAGUGCCCGUUAUCCGGCCCAGUGUGUCCAUUAAGACAAAAACCUACGGAUCUAAUUCCCUGGCAAAGACAAAGGAGAACUUCCCGGCUUUAGGUGGGGCUGCUGCAACUCCCGCAAUCCCCUCCACAUCCUCCUCCGAUGCAGCCACCGCAAGUCACUACAGUCGAAUGGUGCAGAAACCCCAACCCCCACCACCAGCUGCUGCUCCCCCUCCCACGUCCUCGAAGCAAGGAACCAUCAUUCACAUAUCCAAUCGCCCUCCCAAACACCCGGACGCCAUUAAAGACUUCCCAGCUCUCCCCGGAAGCACACGUGGCCCCAAAGCUGAUCUCCCCCCAGCUGUCACAGUCAACCCAAAGAGCUUCUCCGCAAAGCAUCGGAAUCUCGUAGAAGAUGGCGCAAUGGUGACCCCAAAUGCGUCAAUUGCAUCGAAAUUAAUGAUGGUUGUGCCACCACCGAGUGCCCCCAAGAAAGCUCCCGAAGUGAAGGAGCCCAAAGUUCCAAAGCUCAACUCUGACGACAACUUCCCCACACUCAGCUCAUCUGCCGCCCUCAGUGGAUGCCUCCCACCCACAUGGGUGCCCGUGACGAAGAGCAAAGUCGAAAGUCGGAAGUCCAAAGUAGCCCCAGCGCCGGAUUUGUCGCAUCAAAGUAGUGCCAUUAAGACGGAGGAGAAGAGUACGAAGAAGAAAAGCAAAAAUCCAACGGCAAAGACGAAAGACAAAGAAGCAAAACGAGAGAAUAAUAACAAUGUAAAUGGCAAUAAUAACAGCAUAGCUGAUGAGAUUGGUGCGCUAAAGAUAUCAAAAGAGCCCCCGCAGGCUUCUUUAGGGCCGCCGCCGGGAUUCAAUGGCAUUCCCGGCGGCAAGACAAAGGGCCAACCACCGCCGGGCUUCAAUUCAGUCACACUGAAUUCCGUGGCGAGGAAACCAAACAACGAUUUAACCUUCACCAAUUCCACCGGGGAAACCUUCUCCAUUGUACCAACAAGGAAGUAUAUUGCACCACCGGAUAGUAAGAAGAGGAAUGAGAUUCUUCUAGGUCACUUUCAGGAUGCACUGAAGAAUAGUGCCGCUGUGAAGGAGUUUCAUAACAUCUCCCAAAUGUUUGUUAGAAAUAAGUAUCUUGCCUUACCCUACUACGAACACUGCUUGGAGGCACUUGGGGAUAAAUUCAGUGAUGUCUUCCCGGAAUUGUUGGCAUUGCUGCCAGACAUUGGAAAGCAACAGGAGCUGUAUCUGGUUCAUGUUCAACGAGAGAAGGGAAAAGGAGAGAAAGGUGGGAAAAAGAAGCGCGUGGAGACCAUCAUUGAUGUGUGCUCCAUCUGCAAGCAGGUGCUCGUACGCAGUGAUCUCUUCGCCCAUUUGCAAGCACACAAACUUGAGAAUAAUUUUCCUGUUUUGACCAAAUAAUUACGGGGAGAAUCCUUUACACGGUAUGACAGGGAAUUGUGAAACUUUUCCAUGCAGAGAAGUCAAGUUAAAAAAAAAAUUAGUUGAAUUUUUUAUCAUCCUUUAUAAAUUAUAUCCUUGUCUCAAUGAAGCAAUUUGUUUAAGGAAAAGAAAACUAA